AUGCGGCUGCUCGGCGCCUUCCUGCGGUUGCUGGUGGCCGGGACGCUGGGGGCACCGCCCGCCCCGGCCCCGGAGGAACAGGGGACCUCCAGCACGGAGUCGCCCGUCCUGACUUUUCGGGAGAUCUGGAAUCGUAGUUUCUGCCGGCCUCUGGAGCAGCUGGUGGACGUCAUUACCGAAUUCCCCAACGAAGUGGAGUACAUUUUCAGACCCUCCUGUGUGUCCCUGCAGCGCUGUGGAGGCUGUUGUGGGGACGAGGGUCUCCGCUGCGUCCCCGUGGAGACAAGCACGGUCACCAUGCAGCUCCUGAAGAUAAAGCCAAACGGGGAGGCACCCUAUGUGGAGAUGGUGUUCACCGAGCAUAAGCAGUGCGAGUGCAGGCCCCGGCAGGACCUGAUGAGGUUGGGAAGGAGGAGGUCCAAGGGCCGAGGUAAGAGAAGACAAGACAAGAAGGGGAGGAAAGACUGUGAAGUCCAGCACCAGCCCCAUUACCUUCACUCCUCCCCACAAAGAGGCUGCCUGCAGUCCCUACCCCCGCAGUUCUGUGUCAGAGGGGCCAGGCACAAAGAGGGGGAUCUGGGGCAGAGCAGACAGGUGGCUGUCUCACAGGAGCAACACACCACUGGGUUAUCAGCGUCCCUGGGCUCCCUGUGUCUUCCACCUUUACAGGGCAAAGGCUCACAUAGAUCUGCUGAAGCCAGGCUGUCCCACAGCAACCACCAGGUUCAGCAGGGGCUGGACACAGUGACUGACCAGGAUGAUGAUGAUGAUGAUGAUCUCAUCCGCGGCCAAUCAGCGCCGCCCGCUCCUGCCGCGCCCCUGCCGCUCCGCCCGGCGGCGCUGGGGGAUGCUGGCGGCCGCGCUGCCCAGGUGCGGCACGGCGGGGGCGCGGGGCCGGGGAGGCCGUGCCGGAGAGCCAAGGGGCCGGGGCGCUCGUCGCUCCCCGGCUGA